AUGGAGUCCAAUUUACUCGAUAGUCUCCUGGAUUUGGAGGAGCAAUUCUACAAAGAAGGCUACGACCUGGGUAUCGCCGAUGGCGCCCAUACGGGCUAUACGGAAGGCAGUGUCUUCGCCGUGGAGAAAAGCUUCGAGAAGUUCGUCGAAAUGGGCCGUUUGUAUGGGAAAGCUCUCGUCUGGGCCCAGCGACUAGCGGACUCCAAGAUCCAGGCGAAAUCUGAGCAGCCAUUGAUGCAGGCAUCGGACAAAAACGACUCUUUAUCUCUUGAUCCGUCGAUUUGCGCAGAAAUGCCCCGGCUACCUCCCCACAGCGCGCGACUCGCGAGAAAUCUGCAGACUCUGAUGGAACUAGUCGAUCCAGCUUCUCUGGAUAUGAGCAAUACCGAAGAGGCCGUGAACGACAUGGACGAGCGGUUGAAGGGUGCUGCAGUGAAAGCCAAGCUCAUCCAACGGGCAAUGGGUGAAAACGAAGACACCUUAGGAUCAAACGCCAAAGACGGGCAGAAACCCGGAGAUGGGACCGGAAGCAUUGAAGACAUCAGUGCAUUAAAUGUCCGUCACUGA